GCCGACGCAAGGAGCGGCCGAGUCGGGCGUGCAGGAUGCUCCGGUCGCUCUGGAGUUUCCUCAAGCGGCACAAGAAGAAAUGUCUCGUCCUCGGCACCUUUCUCGGCGGGGUCUAUUUACUGGGAAAGUAUGGGCAGAAGAAAAUCAGAGAAAUCCAAGAACGAGAGGCAGCUGAAUACAUUGCCCAAGCACGAAGGCAGUAUCAUUUUGAGAGUAAUCAGAGGACUUGCAACAUGACAGUGCUGUCAAUGCUCCCUACAUUGAGGGAUGCCUUAAUGCAUCAGUUAAAUUCCGAGAGUCUCACAUCUCUUCUUAAAAAUAGGCCAGCAAACAAGUUAGAAAUAUGGGAGGAUUUAAAGAUAAUAAGUUUCACAAGAAGCAUUGUAGCUGUCUAUAGCACCUGUAUGCUAGUAGUUCUAUUGCGAGUCCAAUUAAAUAUUAUCGGCGGUUACAUCUACCUAGAUAAUGCUGCAGUCUGCAAGAAUGGCACAACACCACUGGCUCCCCCUGAGGUUCAACAGCAAUAUUUAUCAAGUAUCCAGCACCUGUUAGGAGACGGACUGACUGAGUUAAUAACUAUUGUUAAACAAGCUGUGCAUAAAGUUUUUGGAAGCAUUUCCCUUAAGCAUGCGCUGUCUCUUCUGGAGCUGGAACAGAAACUAAAAGAAAUCAGGAAAGUAGUGGAACAUAAAGAUUCAGAUCAGGUCGCACCUUAUUCUCCCUUAUGUCAUUAUCUGAUGCCAGAUGAAGAAAACCCCCUCGCUACCCAGGCUUGUGGACUCACAGAAAGAGACACAGCUACAAUUAAAUUACUUAAUGAAACUAGAGAUAUGCUGGAAAGUCCAGACUUCAGUACGGUUUUGAGCACGUGUUUAAACAGAGGAUUCAGUCAACUGCUGGACAAUAUGGCAGAGUUCUUCAGACCUACUGAACAGGACUUCUCUCAGAACGGCUCUGUAAAUAGUCUUUCCAGCGUCAGUCUGCCUUUAGCCAAGAUAAUUCCAAUAAUAAAUGGACAGAUCCAUUCAGUAUGCAGCGAAACACCCAGUCAUUUUGUUCAGGACUUACUGAUGAUGGAACAAAUGAAAGAUUUUGCUGCUAAUGUUUACGAAGCUUUUAGUACCCCUCAGCAACUAGAGAAAUGAACUGCGCAUUAAUAGGAAUAUAUCACGUAUUUAUAAUGCAUCUUUGUGACUACUGAUGAGAUGGGGGUUAAUUUGAUAAUGGUGUGGGAGCAGUAGAGCUGCAGGAAGAACAUACUGAAAAAACCGGGAGUGAGCCCAUAGCUGUUCCAUCUAUUCUAUUUCAAAUGCCCAUCAAAAUAUUCUUGUCGAAAGAAUCACUGUAUGUAAAGAAUUUUCUAUUAAAAAGUUGUUAAACUCUUGCAUAAUUUGAUUAUUUUUUUAUUGCAUAAUUUGAAAGGCAUCUUGUGGCAAUGCUACUAGAAGUUAUUAAAACAAACUAACUUGGUGGCCUGGGGUGCGUAUGGUUUGGGUAAAACAUUAACGGUUGUGAUGGAAGAAUAACAGAACCAAGUAAGGCUUCUCUGUUCGUCCCUCACGUUUUUCUUUUGUUGUAAAAGGCUUCUUUCCUUGACUUCACAAAUGCUCCAAAGAGCUGCUCAUUCUUCAAAAAGCCUUUGCCAACUGCAGCCAACUGCUGCCUCUUGAACAGGUUGGGGGUGCUCUCUUUGUUACUUACAGAAUGUGGAUUUUUAGACAUUCUUGUUUAUGCUGUUCAGACAGCUACAUUGUACACAUUAACUUGUAAAUAUUUUAUCUUAAUUUGUAUUAAUUUGGAGCCCAAUUGUCUGUAUUGUAAUAAAAUAUUUUAAUGUAAAA